UGCAUGGGAGUGUGUCUGCAGCAUAAAUGCAGCCUGGUCUGCUGACUAGACCCACACACACUCAGUCUCAGUAACUUGACUUUAGACGGACGACGUCGUCUGCUGGUGUUACCGUUUAUCUGAGGCAUGGGUGCUUUCAUAGCCAAGCUGCUGCUCCCGACCGUCAGCAGCCUGGUGUUCCUGCCCACAGCCAGCGUGGCUGCGAAGAGGGGCUUCCACAUGGAGGCCAUGGUCUACUUCUUCACCAUGUUCUUCACGGCGAUCUACCACGCGUGUGACGGGCCGGGCCUCUCAGUCCUGUGCUUCAUGAGAUACGACAUUCUGGAAUAUUUCAGUGUUUACAGCACGGCGCUCUCGAUGUGGGUCACGCUCACAGCUCUGGGAGACUUCGACGAACCUCAGCGCUCCAGCAUAACCAUGUUUGGAGUUCUGACCAUCGCUGUCAGGAUCUACCAGGACCGCUGGGGCUACGGGAUCUACUCCGGCCCGAUCGGGUCGGCUGUCUUCAUCAUCACCAUCAAAUGGCUGCAGAAGAUGAAACAGCUGAAGGCGGUUUACCCGGAGAAGACGGUUUACACGCAGCAGGUCGGUCCGGGCUGCUGCUUCGGCGCCCUGGCUCUGAUGCUCCGCUUCUACUUUGAGGAGUGGGACUACGCCUAUGUCCACAGCUUCUACCACCUGUCCCUGGCUGUCUCCUUUGUCCUGCUGCUGCCGAAGAAAAACCGUUACGGUGGAACGGGGCAGAGCGCCGUGAAGCUGAGCUGCAUGACCCUCUGCUGCUGCACCAUGACCCCUGGGACGUCCAAACAGAAGACAGAAAAGACCAAGAAGAAGUCGUCUCGCUCAUUGUGGACAAUACCCACCAGGAAGACGUUGUCGUCCGAGUCUGCUGCAUCCACCCUGCCCCUCUACACCCCCCCGCCCUCCACACCCAUCAAAGGGAUCAGCAUCAGUAAGCUCAAAGAGAUGAACGGCUGGAAGUGAACCCACAACCGCAGCUGUCCGUCAGUCAGACAGUAACGCACCGAAUCCCCGCCGCUCAUACACCCACCUGUGACUGGUAAGUAAAUCUACUGCAGCAGGAAACCGGAGACCACGUGGACGUUCCUCUCAGAGCCUGGCUUUUGGCCGGCGGAACAUUUGAGCAGAGGAGUCCACCAGCCACCGAUCCCGAAGGACGAAUAAACCAAAGUGACCUGACGUACAGGAGGCGAGUUAGGCCCGGGAGCAGAGGCCGAGGACGGAGCGGGACACACGCAGCACCGAGACGGCGGCUGAGACGAGCCAGUAAAACUGACUGGAAGAUUUAUGUGAAGAGCACACCGGCAUAUGGUUUAUCUCUCCCAAAUAUAUAAAUUGUCUUUAGAGAUGUUCCUCGGGGGGAAACGUCCGUCUGCUUCCCUCUUUCCAUCUUUCCUUCAUCCUCUUUAUUUUUCCUGUCUUGGGGAAGGGAACCACGCGUCUUGUGAGAAUUAUGAGACUGUAAAGCGACGGUUGAACGUCCUGCAGGUGCCAGAUGUGUCACGUGGAGCUGCAGACGUCGGCCUAGCGAAGGGAGCCGCCUGGACGCCCGUGUGUCUGAGGCACCGAGAUGUUUUCGGAUGAGCAGGUGUUUCAUGUUGUGUAAUACUGAUCUUUAUUGUAGCGUGCAUGAGCGGUUUGUAUUCUCUUUUAUUUUAUUUUUUGCCACGUUUUGAAAAUAAACAAAACCCUUCACUCUGAA